AUUCACGGGCUGUUCACAACUAACGGUAUUUUUGCAUGCAUUGGUGUCUUGCAAAAGUUACUUUAGUGUAAUUCAUUUGUACUCUAUGUCGUAUCAAAAUAACUAGAUGUUCUGCUGGAUUACAGUCAGGAUGUUUAAAGCUCGUGAGGCUGCUGGUUUGAACAUAGUUUGUUUGUGGGUGAAGCAAGCGGAAUUUAGCAUGGCUGGCCGGGUGCCAAAUGGAGGCGCGACAUAUAGGUCAGGUCACCGAGGAUACUAAUAGUGAAGAAAUAAUUAACUCUUUUAAUUGUGCUUAUCUUCAUUCUUAAAAUGCAACUUUGCUUGCUGUUGUGUUGUGUUAGAUUCAGUCCUGCUCCCGCGAUAAUCUCCAGACUGGACGUUUAAAUCUCUCGCUGCUUUCGCUUCAUUCGAAUCGCUUCAGACGGAACCGUGUGGUCUGUAAGCAUGGCAGGCAUUCCCAAAUCUUUCACUCAUGUGUUCAUAGGCUUUCUAAUAACUGUAAUCUCAGGAUUAAGAGCCAGCUCUCUGCAGCAGGUUUUCGUGAAGGAUAUAGUGGCUGUUUACGGAGAAAACGGUUCACUGGAUCUCAAUGGCAUUAACAGUUUAUUGGAGACAAUUGUGCAAGACAAAUUGGAUUCGAACAUUCCUCUGCGUGCUCAGUGUGUGUCCGGAGAAGAUAUUCUGGUUCACUAUGGGCUUCAGAACAUCUCUCAUCUGACAGAGGAACAUCUGGUCACUGUCUGCCCGGCUCUGCUCAACCAAGCUGUACUGCCACCCUGUUCAACUGAACCUCCAGUACACAGUGACAUUGAUCUGCGUGUAUGGGGAUUUGGUUUCUUGGCUGUUACCAUCAUUAAUCUGGCCUCACUGCUGGGUCUGACUCUCAUUCCCGUAACUAAAAAGCCCUACUUUCCCAAAGUGCUCACCUACUUCAUUGGUCUAGCUGUUGGCACACUCUUCUCCAAUGCUGCUCUCCAACUUAUACCUGAGGCCUUUGGGUUUGACCCAAAAGCAGACGGUUACGUUUUCCAAGCUGUUGGGAUCUUUGGUGGAUUCUAUGCGCUGUACAUCACUGAAAAAAUCCUGAGGAUAGUCCUGAAAGCAGAACAUGAGGGCCACGGACACAGUCACUUCCAGCCCUCAGAGGGGGUCCAACAGAACGGCGCCAUCAAUACAGUGGACGCUGACUUCAACUAUGCCAGUAGCGACAAAGCAAGCAUAACCUCUGACCCUCCAGGGGAGCAGGGGUGCUGCAGAUGGCUCAGAGGAAGACGGCUGGCCAGUGUGAAGACAGUGGCAUGGAUGAUUUCCCUCAGCGAUGCUCUCCACAACUUCAUAGACGGACUGGCCAUCGGCGCUUCGUUCACCGUAUCUAUUCUCAGCGGCUUUAGCACUUCUAUCGCUAUCGUCUGUGAGGAAUUCCCUCAUGAGCUGGGUGACUUCAUUAUCCUGCUGAACGCAGGGUUGAGCGUUCCACAGGCCGUCUUCUUCAACCUGCUGUCUGCUAUGUCCUGCUACGUGGGCCUGGUCCUGGGCAUCUUGUUGGGUAGCGCUUUUGCCCCCAGCAUCAUCUUUGCCUUUGCUGGUGGCAUGUUCCUUUACAUUGCCUUGGCUGAUAUGCUGCCUGAAAUGAACAUGAUUGCCAGUGAACAAGUGCAGAGCAUGAAGGCCGAUAUCAUUUUUUUUGCCAUCCAGAACGCAGGAAUUCUGACAGGAUUUGCCAUGAUUCUUCUUAUCACAUUGUAUGGUGGGAACAUUAGCCUGGGCUGAGCCCUCGCUUUUAACUGCCCUUAUAUUCUGUGCCCAGUCCAGAUCAUAGUCUCAUUUAAGCUAUUUAUUUGAGAAGAAACUACUUCAUUCUAUUAUUAAAUCAUUUAUACUGAGGAAACUUGAAAAUCAUUAGGUGUAAAAUAAUUUGAUGAUUUCUCAAUAUGUAUAAUUUUAGCUAUUUUAUACUGUUGUAAAU